AAAUUUUCCAUGUAUACAAGCACAAUCAUGAAUUCAAGAAUAUUAUUGCUCCUCCUCUUCUCCUAUUUUGCUAUCUCCUUUGCCAAAACUACACCCACAUUUCCAUUUCCAUUUCCUACCAUAAUCAACGAGCCAGAUGGGUUCUCAGCAGCUUCUACCAAGACCACUUAUAAUAAUCAAGUUUAUGACACAAAAUAUUUUACUCAAAUUCUUGACCACUUCACAUUUACUCCUCAAAGUUACCAAACUUUCCAGCAGAGGUAUCUCAUCAAUGACAAAUAUUGGGGUGGUGCCAAGAAUAUGGCUCCAAUCUUUGUGUACAUGGGAGGUGAAGAUGACAUUGAACCCUUUGCUCGGGAAACUGGCUCCAUCAUCGAAUUUGCUCCCCACUUCAAUGCUCUUGUUGUCUUUAUUGAGCAUCGGUUUUAUGGAAAGUCUGUACCAUUUGGAGGAGUGAAAGAAGCAACUUCGAGUUCGAAAACACUAGGGUAUUUGAGUUCAACACAGGCAUUGGCAGAUUAUGCAACUUUGAUAAUUGAUCUGAAAAAGAAUUUGACAGUAAUUGAUUCACCAGUAGUGGUGUUCGGAGGUUCUUAUGGAGGAUCAUUGGCAACAUGGUUUAGACUGAAGUACCCACAUGUGACCAUUGGAGCAUUGGCAUCUUCAGCUCCAAUCCUCCUUUAUGACAAUAUUAUUUCCCCUUAUGCCUACAAUGAUGUCGUCACCCAAGACUUUAGGAGUGAGAGUGAGAAUUGCUACAAGGUGAUCAAGGGAUCAUGGCAAUUUCUUCAAGACAUAGCUAAACAAAGUGGUGGAUUAGAGAGACUCAGAAAAUCAUUCAGGAUAUGCAGCAAGACAAAUUUUAGUAUAGGCAGCCUUGUAGAUUGGCUUGGUUCAGCAUACAUUUCCACAGCCAUGGCUGAUUAUCCAACUCCUGGAAACCUCUUCAAUCCGUUGCCACCUUAUCCUAUCAAACAAAUGUGUAAAGCAAUUGAUGAUCCAAGGCAUGGGAGUGACCCAGUGAAGAAGCUGUAUGCAGCAGUGAACAUAUGCUAUAACUACAGCAGGGAAGUCAAUUGUUUUGAUCCCGGAAAUCCUUUAGAUUUUGAACAAAGUGCUGCACAGUGGAACUGGCAGAUUUGUACGGAGAUGAUAAUGCCAGCAGAUGGUAAUAAUAAGGAUAGCAUUUUCCCAGCCUCGGAAUGGGACUACAAUGGAAGGGUCCAAUUUUGCAAAGACACCUUCAAAAUUGAGCCCAGGCCCAAUUGGAUUACCACGGAGUUCGGGGGCCACAACAUUGAGAGGGUUUUAAAAAAGUUUGGUAGCAACAUCAUCUUCUUUAACGGAUUGAGGGAUCCAUGGAGUGCAGGAGGGGUGUUAAAAAGUAUCUCUAAAUCUUUAGUUGCUAUCACUGCAAAAGAAGGUGCGCAUCAUGUGGACCUUAAAUUCUCAACAAAGGAAGAUCCAAAAUGGCUAAAAGAUGUGAGGAGGAAGGAGGUAGAAAUCAUACAGGAAUGGAUCUCUCAAUAUUAUCAUUAUUGAUUGGGUUUUUCAAUUUGAACAAGACAGUGUUGAGAACGUGAUGUAUCAUCAAUAAAAAAAAUACUUAAAGACAUUGACAAAUGUGUUACAUUGUCACCCUACUUAUCACCAA